CACCAGAUAUAUAAACAUCGUGCGCCGGGCGUCUGGUGUCUGGCAGAUCGCCGUCCACGCAAUUCUGCACCACCUACCGCCAGCAGUCCCACCACUACUACCAGCACUACACUAGCACCACCGCUCCACCACUGUUACUCCAGCACCAGCACCUCCACCAGCCCACUAGCACUACCGUCUUCUUCCAUUGCCGUCUUGUUCCUCCACAGUCACUGCUAGUCUCCCGCCACUGCCACACCACUACCCCCAUGUCACACUUCCACCAGGUGCCCUUGCGGGUGUUGCCUGUUGAGCACCCCGAAGCGGACUUGGCCGCUGCGUUCCAGGGUGACUUGUUGCCUGACUUGUGGCACACCACCAACUCAGUCGCCAGUAUACGUUCCAGCCCACAGCUGGUCAACACCCAGUUGUACAAGACCGAGCUCUGUGCGUCGUACGGCAAUAAGUGCCAGUUCGCACACGGAGAAAACGAGUUGAAACAGGUGGAAAGACCUCCCAAGUGGAGAUCCAAGCCGUGCGCUAACUGGUCCAAGUUCGGCACCUGUCGCUACGGUAACAGAUGCUGUUUCAAGCACGAGUAACCAUAUCUGCUUCACCCAACCCUGAGCCUGAAAGCUGCUUCGAAGGCAGUUGGUUUUCACCCAAAAAGA